CUCCUACCACCACGGGCGCGCGUCGCUUCCACCUACCCUCGCUACCACCUCACCGUCAAUACUCUCUCGUUCACCAGCCUCAUAAGCCGCACGGCUUCUUGCUGGGUAAAACGACUCCAAAACAAACCUCCACCGCGCCCAGCAUGGCCCGCCUCUCCGAGCUGCCCGCCGCAGUGCCGCGCCCGACGGCGCCGCUCGCUUUUCUCGGCGCCUUUGCCAUCGUCUUCGGCCUGACAUUGCGUCAUCUAGCCUUCAACUUUAUUAACCCUGGCGACUUCUACGCGCAGCUCGCGCACCUCGACACGCCGGCGCUGUACCGCGACAUCGGCGUGGCGCCGGGUGCGUGGCCCGAAAACGAGGCAGGGCGGAUCUUUGGCUCGCUAGUGUUCUUCUUCCGGGACAUGCUGAGGCUGCCCAGGGCCGAUGGCCUCAUUCUCAUCCUCGCCUCCGUCUUUGCGCCGCUCAUCACCUUCCAGACGCUCGAGAGCCUCAAGCAGGGCCGCCACGCGCUGCUGCACCCCGCCCUCUUUGCCCUCAGCGCCGCGCUCGGGCAGGUCAUCCUCAUCGGCGCCGCGUCCAACAUCCUCUGGGUGCCCGUGUACGCCUACACGCGCUGGCAGGAGACGAGCAAGAAGACCGUCGACAUCCACCCGCUGCCCUCGCCCGCGCGCUGGGCCGUGCACACGGGCACGACGACGACGCUGCUCACCGCACUCACCUUCCUGCCGAUGCUCCUGCCGUCGACGGGCCCGGACUCGGGCAAUUUCCUCCUGCCCAACGUCGUCUUUCAAGCAUACCCGCUCCUCUACGUUAUCUUGUUCUUCUUGCCUCUGUCGCGGCAGAGCGACAAGCCGCGCGCCGCCGCCGCCGACUCGUACCGCCUGCUCAGUGUGCUGCUCAUUGCGCCGUGGUGGGCGGGCGUGUACAAGUACGGGCCCGUGGUGCUCGCUGCCUGGCGCCGCGGCGGCUUCACGCACGACGGCUACCACGUGCUCACGCUCGACAUGAUCGGCGGCAUGGUGGCGGCGUACCUCAUGGUGCUCAUCGACUCGUACGCCGACGAGGCGCGCGUCAAGGCGACGGGCGAGCGUGUGCACCACCGCCGCUUCUUCUUCGAGGAGAUCUUUGGCCUCAUGGGCCUGCUCACCCUUGGCCCUGGAGCGGCGUUCGCGCUCUACUUCCGCCGGCGCGAGCACCUCGCCGAGCGUGCACGUCUCGGCCUCAAGGACGAGUGAACGGCUCGCAGUCUGUCUGCACCAUCUCUUGCUCUCACAAACAGAAUGUCCGCCGGAACUAUCAAAGUACUAGUCAUCAU